GAAGCGAUGUCAAACCAGUGAAACGAAACUGGUCCUCUGGAGAAAAACUACCUCAUGAAGUUGUGAGCGAGCAGGUGUAGCUGUGACCAGCAGGGUGCCUCGGAAACAGCAUGUUUGGUAAAAAGAAGAGGGCACCGAUGCCCAAAGGGCAGGGCGCCGCUGCGGCCAAGCAGAUGGGUCUGUUUGUAGAGCUGAGCCCCGAGGAGAUGAUGAUGGGAAUGGAGGAGAAUCUGAACGACCCGGACCUGGAAGCAGAACUUGCUGCUAUUACUGGAAAUCCAUCUUCUGCUGGAGGGGGGGCCAAGCAGAAGGGGAAGAGCCCUCUGCCAAUGGACGACAUCGCAAGAAUGGCUGACGAGUGCAUGAAAGAUGUCGAUGAGGAUGAGGAGGAUGACAAUAUUGAAGAUGAUGAGGAUCUGUUGGCAGAGCUACAGGAAGUGGUGGGUGAUGAGGAAAGCGAGGAUGCGGUAACUGUUUCCUCCACGUCGUCUGCCACCCCUGAAUCUUCUCAAGCUCAGACACCGGCGUCCCCGGAGGUGCAGCAGCAGGAAGUGAAGCUGUCCUCAGCAGCCCCCGGCAGCCUCCAGCACACCCUGGAGGAGCGAGCCGCCAUGUAUAAGACGGCCCUGCAGAACGCCAAGACUGCAGGGGAGACGUCCAAAGCCAGGAGAUACGACCGCGGCCUGAAGACACUGGAGUCGAUGGUAGCAGCUGUGAAAAAAGGCAAGCCUGUAAAUGAGGCGGAGAUCCCCCCACCUGUCGCCACCGGAGCCCCCAGUGCUGCCCCUCGGCCCGCCGUCCCCCCGCGGCCUGCUCCUCCCGUGCCCUCGCCCCCUGAACCCUCUCAGCCGGAGGUCAUGCCGCCCGCUGUGCCUGAGAUCCUCACACCCUGCAGCGAAGAGGGGCCACCUCCCCCUGCUGACCUCUCUCAAAACAGCCGACCAGAAGCGAGGGAGGCGACCAGGACGAUGCUGUUGGAGAAGCAGAAGGAGUACAAGCAGGCUGCUCUGGCCGCAAAGAAGACGGGGGACAUGGAGCGAGCAAAGCUUUUCUUUAAGACCAGCAAGCGGUUCGAUGCGGUGAUCGAGGCUUUGGAGAAAGGGCAAGACGUCGACCUCAGUGGCCUUCCCCCACCUCCAGAUCAGGGGAGCGACUCGUCCUCCGGACAGAACACGCCGGUCACCUCGCCCACGGCUGCAGCUCCAGGCCCCGCAGCCCCUUCGGCCCCCAAAGACGUGCUGGAGGCCCUUGAGCAGAGGCGGGCCAAGUACGCGGAGGCGUCGGCUCAGGCCAGAGCCGCCGGGGACGACCGCAAGGCCCGCAUGCACGACCGCAUCGCCAAGCAGUACCAGGGCGCCAUCCGAGCGCACAAAGCGGGGAAAGCCGUCCAAUUCGACGAGCUGCCCGUCCCUCCCGGCUUUCCCCCCAUCCCCGGUCAGACGGCGGCGGCGGCCGAGCGGGGCUUCAUCGCCGCCCUGGAGACGGCCAGCGAGCUGGCCGCCGCCGACACGGCGGAGGGAGGCGGUGACGAAGAGGAGGAGAAAGAGGAAGAGCCCGCUGCUCCGGAAAAGCCGAAGAAGCCCCUGCUGGACGCUCCCAGCGCGGGUCCAGGCCGUAAGAGGUCUCCCUCAGCCUCGCCGGACAGAGCAGCCCAGAGGGAGCAGCUCUCACCAGCAGCGCUUCAGCAGCUGGAGCUCCUGGAGGCUCGGAAGAAGCAGUACCUGAAGGCGGCCCUGCAGGCCAAGCAGAAGAACGAUGUGGAGCAGGCCAAGGCGCUGCUGCGCACCGCCAAGGGCCUGGAGCCCCUGAUCGAGGCCGCGCGCAGCGGGAAGGCGGUGGACAUCAGCACGAUGCCGUCGCCCCCCGGAGACGAGGAGGACGACUUCAUCCUGGUCCACCACAGCGACGUGCAGCUCUCCGAGAAAGCCGAGCAGGUUUACACGCAGCUGGCAAAGAUCCUGAAGGAGCAGCACGAGAAAUGUUUGACUUAUUCCAAGCAGUUCACACAUCUGGGCAACGUCGCAGAAACAACAAAGUUUGAGAAAAUGGCAGAAAGCUGUAAGAAGAGCAUGGAGGUGCUGAAGCUGGCCCAGUCCAGAGCUCUGCCCCCACCCAAGCACCACUUUGAGGAGAGGAGCUUCCGCACCGUCAGAAUAUUUCCAGACCUGAGCAGCACCGACAUGGUCGUCAUCGUGGUGAAAGGGAUGAACCUCCCGGCCCCCAGUGGGAUCCAACCUAACGACCUGGAUGCCUACAUCAAGUUUGAGUUCCCCUACCCCAGCACGGAGCAGCCGCAGAGACACAAAACAGCCGUCAUCAAGAACACCAACUCCCCAGAGUACAACCAGAGCUUCACGCUGACCAUUAACCGGAACCACCGGGGCUUCAGGAGGGUGGUGACGUCUAAAGGCCUCAAACUGGAGCUGCUGCACAAAGGGGGUUUCCUGCGGAGCGACAAGCCGGUGGGGACGGCGCUGGUGAAGCUGGAGAAGCUGGAGUCGCAGAGCGAAAUCCGGGAGAUCGUGGAGGUGAUGGACGGCCGGAAGCCCACGGGGGGCCGCGUGGAGGUGAAGGUGCGGCUGCGGGAGCCCCUGAGCGGUCAGGACGUCCAGACCUGCUCCGAGCGCUGGCUGGUCAUCGACCCGUCACAGGGUCUCCUUUAGAUUAUUCUGCCAAAUGAAGCAUGGAUCACAAGGAAAAGGUAGCAGACCGUCUUCCCUCUGUAAGUUUUCCACGUGGAAGAAAGCCGAUGCUUUUCUGGCUGAUUCCUUCUUCCCGUUUCCAGACGCCUCAAUCAGAAACACUCAAGAGGCCGAGGAAGUUUGGGGUCCGUCCCAAACUGAAGCCGACUUUGAUCCGUUAAGACUUUUGCACAUUUGCACGACACGCGUCCACCAGGAGGAGACAUUUCACUUUGGGCCCAGUCGGGGGCCGGCGGGCUCCUGGAGGACAGCAGUGGCCUCUGCUCAUGAGGAGGGGCUCAGAGCGGAGCCCCCCCCCGGUCUGCUGCAGGCCUUAACUUUAGAUAAUAUAUCAGCCAACGUGUGGAGCUCCCUCCUGCUGUACGGCCCGACCCGCACCUAUGCACUAACACCAAAGUAAUCCCAGUGGCUGUAAGAUCCCGUUCAUCUGAAACCGCCUUUAGCUGCCAAACCCAUAAACCACCCAGAGGCCCGCCUGUACGUGCUCAGAGUUUUCACUGCUUUCAGGUAGACGUUUUACAGGCGGAAGCCGAGAAAUGAUGAUGCUGCACGCGGUGGGACCGGGGGGCGCUCCGUUCAGACUGCUGCUGAAACGGUCUCAGCAGGAACGUGCAAAGACGUGUCAAACUAUGCAUCCGUGUUUUAAAGGGCCAGUUCACCCAAAAGACAAGAAAAUAAGCUUCCCAG